CGCCAGAAGCCCCCGCUGAAGGAAAAAGACGACGGCGAUAACGUCGAUGACAAAUGAUCCCUUAUGCAGCUGGCGUCUUAUAAAAGAAGCGACGGUUCCGAGAAAGUUCUCAAAUCCCAACUUCAUACAACUUCAUUCCCACUUCACUCCGACUUCCAACACUCGACUUCCUUAAAAUGGCCAGCACUACCACUGAUUACAAGUUCAUGGGAUGGGUCGCCAAGGACAAGGAGUCCUUCGGAAACCUCGUCUGGGAAGAGUAUGAGCCCAAGCCGUUCACAGACGACGAUGUCGACAUCAAGAUUACGCACUGCGGAAUCUGUGGAUCGGACCUGCACACCAUUCGCUCUGGCUGGGGCCCGACGUUGUACCCUGCAGUGGUGGGUCACGAGAUCGUUGGAACGGUCGUGAAGGCUGGCACGAAUGUGAAAAACGUCUCGGUCGGUGACCGUGUUGGCGUUGGAGCACAGUCCGACUCUUGCCACGACUGCUCGAGCUGCAAGGCUGGUCAGGAGUCUUAUUGCGAUAACGGGUUCUUCGGUACCUACAAUGCUCUGUACAAAGACAACAGCAAAAGCUACGGCGGUUACGCGGAUUACGCCCGCCUCCCUGCUGCCUUUGCCUUCAAGAUCCCCGAUGCCAUUCCUUCCGAGGUUGCCGCCCCUCUACUUUGCGGCGGCGUAACGGUGUUCUCCCCGCUGAAACAGCUGAACGCCGGACCUGGCAAGCGUAUCGGAAUCAUCGGCAUCGGCGGUCUCGGGCACCUGGGCUUGCUGUUCGCGAAGGCUAUGGGCGCAGAGCCCGUGGCCAUCUCCCACAGCAGCCGUAAGAAGGAGGACGCCGACAAAUUGGGCGCGGUGCAGUUCAUCUCGACCAAGGAUGACAAGGACUUUGCCAAAACGUAUCGCCGUACCCUCGAUGGCAUUGUCUGCACCGCCAACAACGCCGACAUGCCCCUCUACGACUACAUGGAGCUUCUCAAGCCUGGAGGACAGAUCAUCUUGGUCGGACUUCCCGAAGAGCCUUUCCCGGCGUUGAACAUCUUCCCUCUGGUGCACAACAACACAUCAAUCAAGGGUUCACUCAUUGGGGGCUCGGCGGACAUAAAAGAGAUGUUGGACGUUGCCGCGAAAGCAAACGUGAAGACCUGGGUUGAGACACGUUCAAUGGAAGAUGCCAACCAAGCGGUUAUUGAUAUGGAGGAUGGAAAGGCGCGAUACCGAUAUGUGUUGGUGAACGAGAAGCAUGCCAACAAGUUGUAGUGUAUAUGUAGGAAAUAGAUGAUGAGAGGCUGCGGAUGUGCGGAAGGAAGCCGAUUUUCGAGAGUAGAAGUAUUUAUAUUUUUUAGGCAAUAAGCUCUUAUAUGGCUUAGGCGUAAGCAAGUUUCCAUGAGCAUCCCACAUGCCGG